CUGAUGUCCUGAAUCUCAGCUGGUCUGGGUGAGUGUUGGACUCCUCCGGCGGGUCGCUGCCGGGUAGCAGGCGACCCUGCUCCAGGCUGGGGAGGAACCGCGGCCCGGGGCGUGCGAGCAGCGCGUUCCCUACGGGCGCUGAGAAGCCUUCGUGACGGAGGGGCCGUGCGGACCGGUGGUCCUGGGCCUGUAAGGCGGUGGAGCUGUGGAUGUUGUUCAGUGGACGCCGUGGUCGGCUGCAGCUUUCCGGGAGUUGAGUGCGAUUUCACACGGGUUAAGGACUCAGAAGGACCUGCCUCCAGGAAGGAGCCUCACCACCGUGCCCCACUGAUACCCUGUGCGUCCCUCCGCUGUAGCCCUGCGUGCGCUGCUUUGUGGCCUCUUGAGAAGCAGAGAACAGUGGAGGCAGGGAGCUGGGUCCCUCUCUGUGUUUCUGGCCACUGAGGGUCUAGCGCAUAGUAGACGGUCAGCAAGGGAGAACAGUUGAGAGAACAGCACAGUUGGUACUGUGGCCCCUCGUGCAGCAGCCGUGGUGAACUGCCCGCUGUGUGUGCUCGCUCACUGUGCACACGAACACACACUGCCCUCCUGUAACACCUGAAAGACUGUCCCUGAGGAGAUAGUCCAGAAGAAAGUUCUCCAAGACAGAGAGCAGUCUAAAGCUGGAGAUGGCAUCAGUAUCGGUUGGUGCUUCUUCCCUGGCUCCUCUGAAUCUGAAGAAGGAUCCAGGAAGGCCAGUGAAGGACGGUCACCACGCUGCUAGGGAGCAGGGAUUCAGACGUCCAGGAAAUGGCACUGGCCUUGAACGGGAGCCGCUGUGCAGACAGUUCAGGCAGUUGCGGUAUGAAGAGACCGCAGGACCUCGAGAGGCGCUGCGCCGGCUCCACGAGCUCUGCCGGCUGUGGCUGCGGCCGGAGACGCACAGCAAGGAGGAGAUGCUGGAGCUGCUGGUGCUGGAGCAGUUCCUGCGCAUCCUGCCCGCGGGGCUGCGCGCCCGGGUGCGGGAGCGGCGCCCGCAGAGCGGAGAAGAGGCUGUGGUUGUACUGGAGGACCUGCAUCCAGAGCUGCGGGAAACUGGACAGCAGGUGGAAAAGCACCUAGGACAGGCAGAGCAACAGCACGAGUGUGUGGAAGACACAGUGGCUCUGAAUGCUGCGCAGGCCCAGCAGGUCAGACCUGAGCGAGCAGAUCCGAAGCCUGAAACAGAACAAGGUGAAGAGACAGUGACUGAAAAUGAGAUGUCAGCUACAGAGACAGACCCUUGUGGAGGGUCAGAAUGGACUGGGAGAGUACCUGAGCCCGGGGAGCCGCAUCGUGAGGGCUCUCGCUUGGAAAGGCAGCAGGCCAAGCCCAAGGGAAAAACCGACCGUAACCGCUCAGCAGGUGGGGAGAGAUUCCUCCAGUGCUCAGACCUGGCUGGACAUGAAGGUAUGCGCAGCGCAGGAAGGCUCUGUGGAUCCAGUCCUCCCGGGCAUCAGAAAAUCCGCUCUAGAGAGAAAAGCCAUCAGUGUCAUGAGUGUGGGAAAGCCUUUCAGAGAAGCUCACACCUUGUCAGACAUCAGAAAAUCCAUCUUGGUGAGAAGCCUUAUCAGUGCAAGGAGUGUGGGAAAGUGUUUAGCCAGAACGCAGGCCUUUUGGAGCAUCUUAGAAUCCAUACUGGAGAGAAACCUUUUCUCUGUAUCCACUGUGGGAAGAGCUUCAGGCGCAGCUCUCACCUGAACCGGCACCAGAGGAUUCACAGUCAGGAGGAGCCCUGUGAGUGCAGGGAGUGUGGGAAGACCUUUAGCCAGGCCCUGCUCCUCACCCACCAUCAGAGAACCCACAGCCACGCCCGGGGCCACCAGUGUCACGCAUGCGGGAAGGCCUUCAGCUUAACCUCAGACCUUAUUCGACAUCACAGGAUUCACACUGGAGAAAAACCUUUCACGUGCAACAUAUGCCAGAAAGCCUUCCGACUAAACUCCCACCUUGCUCAGCACAUGCGGAUCCACAAUGAAGAAAAACCCUAUGAGUGCAGUGAGUGCGGAGAAGCCUUCAGGCAGAGGUCAGGCCUUUCUCAACAUCGGAGAUACCACCACAAAGACAGACCGGCUCACUGAAGUGCCCUCCCGCCAUGGGGUGUCUGAGAUAGAACAUGAACAAGCAAGCCGCAUCUUAGGAGAAUUCCCUCUAGCCAGUCCUGGCAUCAGAGGAUCCUUGGGGUUGGCGGGGGGUGGACUUGGAGGCUAUCUGCCCCCACUCUUCCUCCUUUCUUUUCCUUGAAGUCAGCUUUGUGCUACGAUAACUGACCAGGAUGGCACUGGGGGGUCAGAGUGGAAAGCCUCUUUGACAGCAGGACUUCUCAGAGCCUUUGACCUGGUGCAGACGUGGUGAUGCGUCUCCAGGUAGCAGGGAACCUCAUGACUGAGUGAGGGCUUUGAAGCUAGCAGCAAUUCAGGUAUCCACAGAUGUACAGGCUGAAGCAGGACAAGAGCAGAUGGAUAUUUUUUUGCACAUGCUAUAGCAAGAGACUCCUAUAAAAUAAAACAGGUGUCUUACAGUGCAAGUUAAUGGUGACUGUGCCCCCCAGUGGCUUUACUAACCCCCACUCCUCCCACCCCCAACCAGCAGAGACAUUUUGGAAAGCCAAGAUCCCCUAAUUUUGCCAUUCCACACCCCCAUCCCUGCCAUGACAUCUCAUUGGUUCAAGUUAGAAAUUAAACUGCAGAAAAGAUUCCUGAGUGAUUUGAAUGAACUGUGUUGAAUUCAUGUAGUUGCUGUCCCUCUUCAUAACUCCAGUGCAGGGUAGCAACUGCCGCCUAGACAAUUGAGUAAAUGUCCGAUGCAAUUUUUAAGUUUUGCUUGUUCUGAAAGUCUUUGAAAGUCAAAUAAUGAAAAGUUGGCUUGGAGAUUAUGAUCUCUAUGUUGUGAACACAACAACGUCAUCGUCACGGUGAACAGCAUUAAGCGUAGGGGACUCCACUUCCAGACACAUCACUUGUUGAGUAAUAGGAGCUGCCUGAGCUCUGCUGUCUGGAAGAGGCUUCACACUCUGCCAUGGAGUGGGAAGAUUGGUUAAGCAUCAUGGUUUUCUAAGGAUCUGGUUCUGCAUAUGGUUGAAAGACAAAAAGAGUAGGAGUGAGCUCUGGCUAGUGUGGCUCAGUGGACUGGGCACCAGCCUGGGAAGCAGGGGUCACUGGUUCAGUCC